CUGUUUUGUCCGCCGAAGAACCACUUUCUCCAAACGUUCGUCCGGACACAGAAAUUCAAAUUUUCACAAAACGAAAGUCUUCGGAUCAGAGAUUAUUAUUAUUAUUAUAUGCCCUUUAGAUCCGGAAGAUGACAGUGAUCGAUAUUUUGACUAGAGUUGACUCGAUCUGUAAGAAGUACGACAAGUACGAUGUCGACAAACAGCGUGAGGCUAAUGUCUCUGGCGAUGAUGCUUUCGCUCGUCUCUAUGGCGCUUUCGAGACCCAAAUCGAGACUGCUCUCGAGAAAGCUGAACUUGUUACCAAGGAGAAGAACAGGGCUUCUGCUGUUGCAAUGAACGCUGAGAUCCGCAGGACUAAGGCUAGGUUGUCUGAGGAAGUUCCCAAGUUGCAGAGACUUGCUGUUAAGCGGGUCAAGGGCCUUACAACCGAAGAGCUUGCUGCUAGAAAUGAUUUGGUCCUUGCGCUUCCGGCCAGGAUUGACGCCAUACCUGAUGGAACAGCUGGUGGCCCUAAAGCCACCAAUGCUUGGGCUCCUUCAACAGCAUCUCGUCCUGAUAUCAAGUUUGAUUCAGAUGGGCGUUUUGAUGAUGAUUACUUUCAAGAAUCACAUGAAUCUAGCCAGUUCAGACAAGAGUAUGAGAUGCGGAAAAUCAAGCAGGAACAAGGUCUGGACAUGAUCUCCGAAGGUUUAGAUGCUUUGAAGAAUAUGGCGUCUGAUAUGAACGAGGAGCUGGAUCGGCAAGUUCCUCUGAUGGAUGAAAUCGACUCCAAGGUGGACAGAGCAACCUCGGAUCUUAAGAACACCAAUGUUAGACUUAAAGAUACUGUGAACCAGCUGAGGUCAAGCCGGAACUUCUGCAUCGAUAUUGUUUUGCUGUGUAUUGUGUUGGGCAUCGCUGCAUACUUAUACAAUGUACUGAAGUAAUGAGAUGAAGACGAAAGGAUCCAUCAGUUCUCUCUUUCUUGCCCCCCUCUGCUAUUACCGUUUCUUACCCUGAGUCAGUGUGUGUGUGCGCACUUGUUUCUUGCUGUAUUUGUGUGAAUAACAUUGAAGGAUGAUACUAAUAGUGAAUGAAUCAAGAUGACUUUGAAAUUUCUAUAUUAUAAAAUUGGGAAUCAGGACAUUUUAUUGUUAAA